CGCAAAUUCAGUUAGUGUCAGUCCUCAAACGAAUUCAUUUGUUAAUCUGGAACAAACAUGAACAGCAUCAACUACGCAGUGGAGUUUGCACAUGACGAGAAUAUACUGGAGAACUGUGAAACGGCUUCCUAUCUAUCGGAAUGCUUGGCCUCGCUCAGCUUAGAUGGGGAGGGCUCCCAGCGUCUCCGGCAGAAACUUCUGCUCUACAAAGCUGAAGCUGACUUUUUGGAGUCGAAUUUCGACGCAGAAAAUUACUAUGCUCAAAAGGAGGAAUUGAUCUUCAAGAUCGUCUGUGAAAUCAAAGGCAUUGACUAUGAUCAGUGGUUGAAGAAGAAGCUGUAGACUUGCCUUAGCUUAGCUUUGGACUCAAUGUUUGCUCCAAUUUAAAUACAAAAAAGUUCUGAUAACUAAUCUUUAAAAUAAAGUCUGAAUUCAUCCUA